CCGGGAGGCGGGUGCGCGGGGCGGCCGAGUGGGGUCGCGGGUCCGAAGAGCUCGGUGCGUGGUGGCGGGCGGUACUUGGUGGGGUCCUCGCCCGCCCGGGUCCCCUCCCGAGGGCGCGGGGAGCACGUGGUGGGGGUGCGGUGGCCCCACGGGACUCUCACCUCCUUCCGCCUCUCGCCGCGCCCAAAUACUCACCUCCGCGCACUCGCCCGCGGGCAACGGCUCCCAGCCCAGGCCUAGGGAGCCGCUCUCUGAGAAUCAGGCUGGAUUCUUUGGUUUGCCCCAACCGCCUCCCGGACCUCUACCCCUUGGGAAAACCAGCGGAGCCUCAGUUUAUUUAUCUGAAAAUUGGGUUGACAACAUGCCUGGAUGCUGGACCAGGCCAGUGGACAGCAGGCUGUGAGUAGAAGGGAAGCAGUCAGGUCAUGGCCACUGGGGGUGCCUGGCCUCUAGGUGAGGGACAAAGGGGCAGCCCAGAGGCCAGAGUGCUUUUCCAUCCCAGAGGUCCAAGCUGCACGUCCAGAAGUGCACACUUGGGUGUGAGAGGGAGACAGACACCCGAGCGUGUCAUCGAGGUGGGACUGGGCCUCUGUGGGUGGGCCCUGACCAAGGAGUUGUUCCUAUGGAAGGAGGUCUGCCCCCAGAAGGGGCACAGGUGGGGUGGGAACUUCCUGCCGAGAGGCCUGCAGGGCCUGAGGUGGGCGAUGGGAGGCCUGCUCCCAGGGCAGACUCUGUAAUGACUUGGUGUGACCUUGGGCAGGGCCCGAUACCCAAGAGGCAACCGGCUCUCACUCGACUGGAACCUGUUUGGAGGGGCAGCAACAAAAGGGGGUCUGUGUUCUUCAGGACAGUGGCCAGGGAGUGUGUGAAAAGGGGGACCUGUGCUGUCGUCUGUGCCAGGCCCCUUUGCUCUAGGGGGUGUCCAGCCAUGACUGGCCAGUGCCACUCUGAGGUUAGGAGUCCAGCAGGGUACCCCAAGGGCCCAGGGCUGGAAGACUGUCUCGCCGACCAAUCCAUCCAUCGGAGGCAUCUCUGGGUCACGCCGGAGGUGCCCUGGGGCAGGACAAGCGUAGGACGGGAGUGGAGAGGCCUGGGAUCCUCACGGUGCCACCUUGGCUAGCACAGACCUCCUGGCCUCAGCCCCACGUCUGUGAAAUGGGCGGGGCGGGGAGGCCUUCAGGGAGCCGGGCGUUCACAGCCGGAACUGCGCACACAUGGCUGGGCCUCUGCCGAAGCAAAACGAAGUCGGCCCCGCCCCGGGGGGAGCCGCGGUAGGGCCGCAGCAUCUCCUUCCGCACCGGCGUUCCGGGCCUCCCUGACCCCAGCGGCCGGGCGCUGGCCUAUACGGUAGCGGACUAGCAGACGGGGAGAGCGCCUACUCCAGGCAAUACGGUGGCGGCUCCUCCCUUGGCGUGGUCACGUCCCCCACGUCCCUCGCCCAGGCGAGCGGGGUGGCAAGGCGGAGCUUGCUCACUUCCCACACCCCUCCCUGUCUCUACCCUGCUGGUGACCGCCUAGCCCCACCAAGGUCGGCCGACCCCCACCUGCCACCGGGCCCAAUAGGGAGGCGGUGGGAGGGGCCCCUCCUGGUGACUGAGGCUUGCUGGUGCCAAGAGCCCUUCUCAGCCUUGACCUUACGGCACUGGCUUGGGGGGAAGGGGGGCUGCAGGGAGUUGAGCUGUGGGACAAGAUGGCUCUGUGAUGGGCAGCCCCACUACUCCCAGGGCAGGCGGGGUCCGGGCCUGGAGGAGGGUGCUUUGAGCCUGCUCCAGCCACCACUCUGAGCCUUCUAGAUGAAGGGGGUUCUGACAGGGUGAGCCCAAAACCACACACAGGACCACCUGCCCACAGCCCCCUCCUUCUCACAAGAGGCAUGGUGUCGGAGAGGGCCUGGCCCUAGGGCAGUGUUUUCACUCCAGUGGCCCCUGCAAGAUGAUGUGAACCCACCCAAGAGCUUUGAGAGCACCCGACAUGCCCUGGGAUGGGGGUUGGGAGGGUCUUUGUGGUCAGUGGAUGGGGGGUGGAGGGCACAGGCUGGCUUAGCAUGCCUGAGGCGUACCUUCCCCCCAGUGCUCACGAUCCACCUCCCCAGAAAAAGCCCCAGGUGCCUCCCUCCUGGCAACAGCGCUGUGCACAGGUGGGGGCAGGGCAGAGGUAGGCAUAUGGGGUCCUGUAUCAGCCCUGGGAAGGGGACAAGCACCCAGACCAGUGUUGCCUUCGGAGCGCUGGGCGGACAAAGACAUCGGAUAUGCUGUUACCUGUUUGCACAAGAGGGACCUCAGGGAAAGGAAGUGAGGGAGCCUGGAAGGCUCUCCCUUCUCCUGAAGGCGUGGCCCUCUUCUGUCAACCACCCCCUAUGCUUCAGGGACCCUGGGGCUCAACUGCAGCCAGGUGCAAGCCACAACGGGGCUGUCGCUUCAGUGCUCAGGCGUGUGUCCCAGGCCUCCCGGUGCAGGAAGAGUCCAGGAGGGAAUGCAAUUGCUCUUCUCCGGCCCCGCCCGCCUGGAGCUGGUCUCUGAAGACCGGAAGUCUGGUUAGUUAACUAGCCAAUCUCCCCGGAAGGCGAACCUACAGGCUCUGGAGUCAAACCUAGGGGACAUGGCCUGCCCUGGAAGCUGACGGGCCAGAGACCCAGGAUCCAAGAGCUGGUCUUUGGCCGCUGGCAGGAGCGCCUGCACUGAGGCGGCGCCCGCCCGGGAGCAGCCUCUGUCCGGGACGCCCGACCUGUCCUCCUGGCCAUGGGCGGCGCGGUGGUGGACGAGGGCCCCACCGGCAUCAAGGCCCCUGACGGGGGCUGGGGCUGGGCCGUCCUCUUCGGCUGCUUCGUCAUCACCGGCUUCUCCUACGCCUUCCCCAAGGCGGUCAGUGUCUUCUUCAAGGAGCUCAUGCGUGAGUUUGGGAUCGGCUACAGUGACACGGCCUGGAUCUCCUCCAUCCUGCUGGCCAUGCUGUACGGGACAGGCCCCCUCUGCAGCGUGUGCGUGAACCGCUUUGGCUGCCGGCCUGUCAUGCUCGCUGGUGGCCUCCUGGCGUCCCUGGGCAUGGUGGCCGCGUCCUUCUGCAGAAGCAUCAUCCAGCUCUACCUCACCACUGGGGUCAUCACCGGCUUGGGCUUGGCGCUCAACUUCCAGCCCUCCCUCAUCAUGCUCAACCGCUACUUCAACAAGAGGCGCCCCAUGGCCAACGGGCUGGCGGCCGCGGGCAGCCCCGUGUUCCUGUGUGCCCUGUCCCCCCUGGGGCAGCUGCUGCAGGACCACUAUGGCUGGCGGGGCGGCUUCCUCAUUCUGGGGGGCCUCCUGCUCAACUGCUGUGUGUGUGCUGCGCUCAUGAGGCCCCUGGAGGCACCCCGGUCGGGCUCGGGGCCCGGGCCCCAGCGGCCAGCCAGGCGGCUGCUGGACCUGAGCGUCUUCCGGGACCGCGGCUUUGUCAUCUACGCUGUGGCCGCCUCCAUCAUGGUGCUGGGGCUCUUCGUGCCCCCCGUGUUCGUGGUGAGCUACGCCAAGGACCUGGGCGUGCCCGACACCCAGGCCGCCUUCCUGCUCACUGUCCUGGGCUUCAUCGACAUCUUCGCCCGGCCCACCGCGGGCUUCAUCACGGGGCUCAAGAAGGUGCGGCCGUACUCCGUCUACCUCUUCAGCUUCUCCAUGUUCUUCAACGGCUUCACGGACCUCACAGGGUCCACAGCCAGCGACUAUGGCGGCCUGGUGGUCUUCUGCAUCUUCUUCGGCAUCUCCUACGGCAUGGUGGGGGCCUUGCAGUUCGAGGUGCUCAUGGCGAUCGUCGGCACCCAAAAGUUCUCCAGCGCCAUUGGCCUCGUGCUGCUGCUGGAGGCCAUCGCCGUGCUCAUCGGACCCCCGUCAGGCGGCAAGCUCCUGGACGCGACGCACGUCUACCAGUACGUGUUUGUGCUGGCAGGGGCCGAGGUGGUGGCCUCCUCCCUGGUGCUGGUGCUGGGCAACUUCUUCUGCAUUAGGAAGAGGCCCGAGGCGGCCGUGGAGGAGGAGGAGCACCAGCCCCCCGCGGACGUGAGGGCGGACUCUCGGGAGGUGGAGCACUUCCUGAAAGCAGAGCCUGAGAAAAACGGGGAGGUCGUCCACACCCCAGAAACGAGCGUCUGAGCCGAGGAGGCCAGCAGGGCUGAGGGAACCGGACAGAGAUUUCGAGGCUCGUGUUUAUUUUACAAACAGGACUGGCUUGGGUGGGGCCGUCCGUGUGUCUCGGGGGGGCUGGUGGGGUGGGACCCGGGUCAUUCCAAAGCAGGUCUGUGGUAGAGCCAAGUCGCGAGGUUACAAGCCGUCUGCACCGGGGACCCCGCCUGCCCACCCCAGAGCAGCCCGGUGCCCACUGCUGAGCUCAGGGACCUAGAAACCCACACUUUGGAGACAGCAUGACUGGGAUCAGGGGCAGAGCAGCACCGUUCUCGCGAGAGCACCCCCCCAACGAGGCUGGCUGUGCCCCCGGCCGCCCCUCGUGUCUGGGGGACAAACCACCCUUCCUCCACUUCUGAGGGUCUGAAAUAAACGUGCAUAUGGGAGGAGCCACGUCGGAAGGAAUGUCUUCCAGGAACCAGGGUCUCAUUCUACGAGGGGCAGGGGUCCAACCGUUGGCUCUGAAUUCACUUUUUCAAGACAACCUGGUCAUUUUUACAAUGUGGCUCUGGCCUUUGUCAGCUAGGUGGGCUUUCUAAACGCUGCCUGGUCUGGACCCUGUGCCACUGGAGCCCAGACAGCUCAGAGCAACCACACAGGGGCCUGGUGCCUGGCAGGGAAGUGGGGCUGUGCUGCAGGGGCCUGGUCACACCCAGGAGCCCUUCCGAGGCAUGGGCACUUGAGCUGAGCCCUACGUGUGAUUCAUGUUCACUAUGUGUGUGUUUAAA